AUGCAGCCCACCGGAGGCUUGCAGCUUGCAGCCCCAGCCGUGAGACUGUGCUUCCUGAAGGAGCUUGUGGAAGAACCACUUCUUCUGCCUCCUAUGCCGGAGCGCAUCAUCAUCGACACCGACAUGUCCAUCGACGUGGACGAUGUGGGAGCGCUCUGCCUAGCGCACGCUCUCCAGGACCGCAACAAGGCGGAGAUCUUGGCGGUUACGCACAAUACCGGCCUCGAGCAGGGCGUCGGCGCUGUGUCGGUGAUCAACCACUACUUUGGCCGUGAUGACAUUCCAAUCGGAGCUUACCGCGGUCCUGUGGGCUGA